AUGAUAUCUCGCCCAGUGACACUUUUCAGCUUCCGUUACCAACCUCCCACCGCUCGUUGUCGCAUCCACAUCUUUCAAGACCACUUUCUACGGAUACCUUCUAUACACGACACUAUUACCGAUACAGCACCACACCACCCUAGUCGAAUACCUACAUUCUACUCCAUACACCAAGUAGCCGUGCCUCGGAGGCCAAGCAUUCACGCAUCCACGCACUCGCCCAUCGUGGCACCGAAUGCAUCCUGCCGUUUAUCCCUUUUGCGUCCGGUAGCAGCACAGCGCAUCGACAAGGAAAACGCCGCCAAAGUCAAAAGGUCCAGCUGCCAACAGCACAGGCAGGGCAAGGUUCUCGACGGUACGGUACCUUGCUGUACGGCUACGCUACAGCGUAAUCCACAGGACGGGAAUCCACUGCCUGGCGUAUCAUCCACCAGCACCCGCAAAAGCAUCACCACCAACAACGGCGGCAUCAAACUCCAAAUACGGAGUAUUACAUCGGCGCAUCGCAACCUCGGGCCAGGUCCCUUACCUCACAGACUGGCUUGGCCGCCGUCCUUUUUGACUUUGACCUCGUCAACCUCGCAACUCGCACCCGUCAACAAACCCCUCCGAGUUCCCAACCUGGCCACCAAUCCCCUGCGGUGCCUCGACCUUUCAUCCUUUGUUCCUGGCAAACCCUCGAACCCACGGACAAUUUUUUCCAAGACCACCAUUCGCAUUGCGUCUCCCGUCUCUGCUUGUGUGCCUGCACUCGAUCAAGACAGCCAGCCAGCCAGCCAUAAUCGGUACCUUACGUCUGGCCCACUGCCCUGUCUGGCACUGGCCACGCCGUCACAGCAACUCCGCCAACCAACCUCCCCGUGUGCCCUCUCGCCCUGGUGGUGGCCCGGCGCUGGAGUCACCACGUUCUCCUCCCUCUCGCAGACGCCUCGUCGCUUCUCGUGCCCCGCUACCUUAGCGACUUGGGCUGGCCGUCGCCUACACCUCGCUCGACACUGUCCUCCGUUUCUCACGCGCCCGUCAGAGACCAUCGACUGCCAGUUUACUCAAGGCGUUUUCCCGCCCGCAGACGGAUGA